GUUUAUUUUGCAUUGGUUGUUUGAACAUGAGCGGGUUUGUGGACGAUUUGUCGACUGCGCAGACGGAAGCGCUUGAAGCCAUGUGGCGCAAGGUGGAGACGACCGGCCUGCUUGAUGAAGACAAGUUCUGGCUGGCGAUCGGACACGAGGACGCAGACGUAUUCCUGCUGCGAUUUCUGCGAGCGCGCAGGUUUGAGGUGGACAAGGCGUUCACAAUGCUGACCGAAUGCAUUGACUGGCAAGUCUCGUUCGGCACCCACCACCUCACUGUGGCUCAAGUGGCGGACAACUACUUCUUUGAGACCAAUCUGAUGUUCUUUUCACGCGGCCGCUGCAAGAAUGGCCGCCCGAUUGCAGUCAUCCGAGUCAAGGUGCAUGACAAAAACCGACGCGACCUGGAGUCACUCAAGCGCUUCUGCAUCCUUCAAAUGCAAGCGGGUCGGCGCAUGGUUCGCGGCACAGACACCUUCGCGACGCUCGUGUUCGACAUGACCGACUUUGGCCUCAUCAACAUGGACUUUGACUUUGUCAAGUUCCUCAUCGCGGCGUUCGAAAAGUACUACCCCGAGACUCUUGGCGUGCUCUUGCUGCUCAACGCGCCGUUUGUGUUCUGGGGAUGCUGGCGCAUGAUCUCGCCUUGGUUGGACAAGAACGUCGCCGACAAGGUCAAGUUUGUGACAACUGCUGAACUGACGCAGUACAUUGAUCCGGAAAACAUUCUGGAGGAGCACGGCGGUCUGGACAAACACAAAUACACGUUCACGCCCCUCGCGGACGACGAACACGCCGAUUUGCCGUGCGGUGUCGCGAAAGACGAAGAUUUCGAUCGGAUUAUGAGCGAAAUGAACGACGCUCGCAAGCAGCUCGUCGACAUUCGCAAGCAACUACACGCCAAGCAGCUGGAUGCCGAAAAGUUGGCCGAGCUGCGCAAGGAGUUUGCCCAUCGCAAGGCCCACCUCUCCAAGACGGUCAAGUACCGACAUCCCGGCUUUCACUUUGCACCCGGUCAUGUUGCCAGCGAGUAAAACACGAGCAGUCUCGGCGAUGUCGGGGAUGGUUUGGAUUAAUGGAAAGCAACAAGCUGCUGUUAGAUCCAUCCCAAAGAUGCACACUCUUCUAAUACUCGCAGAAAUACUUUCCAUUUCUCAUCAUUCCAGAAAUACAAACUGUACGCAAGAAAGGUGUUACGACCUUACCCGGAACUUAACCUAGAAUCACUACUGAAGCGUACGAAUUGAAUGCGGAAGUAUCGU